GUGACUGUCAGCAGGACAGAGACACAGAUCACUGAGAGAUCACAGCUGAUCACAGAGGAUGGCGGCCCAGCACAAAGGAGAUCUAUCAUCAGCAGAGAGGAAGAUCCUGCAGGUCAUCGCUGCAGGUGACGUACAGGAAGCUGCCCAGCUGCUGGCCGGUGAAGAAGUACGAGUCAACUGUUUGGAUGAGUAUGGCAUGACUCCCCUGAUGCAUGCAGCCUAUAAGGGCAAGGCGGACAUGUGUCGUCUGCUGCUGCAGCAUGGGGCCAACGUCAACUGCAACCAGCACGAAUACGGAUACACUGCUCUUAUGUUUGCUGGCCUGUCAGGGAGGACAGAUAUCACCUCCAUGAUGCUGGAUGCAGGCGCAGAGACAAACCAAGUGAACUCUGUGGGUCGCACUGCGGCUCAGAUGGCAGCGUUUGUUGGCCAGCACGACUGUGUCACAGUGAUCAAUAACUUCUUCUCGCUCGCAAAGCUGGAGUUCUACACCAGGCCACAUGGGCUGGAGACGGAGCCCAGGCUGCCCCCCACGCUGGCGGGGCCCCUGCACAGGAUCAUCAUGACCACCAACCUCAACCCGGUCAAGAUAGUGCUGCUGGUGAAGGAGAACCCUGUGCUGGUGAACGUGGCAGCUCUGGAGAAGUGUCACCAGGUGAUGGACUUGCUGUGUGAGCAGUGUGUGAAGCAGCAGGACAUGAACGAGGUCCUGGCGAUGAAGAUGCACUACAUCAGCUGUGUGCUCCAGAAAUGCCUGGCCUUCCUGAAGAAACGAGAUGACAAGCUGGACGCACUUGUCAAGAGCUUGUUGAAGGGGAGAGACAGCGAUGGCUUCCCUCAGUACCAGGAGAAGUUCAUUCGGGACUGUAUCAGGAAGUUUCCUUAUUGUGAGGCCACACUGCUUCAGGAGCUGGUGAGGAGCAUAGCACCGGUAGAAAUUGGAAACGACCCCACAGCGUUCUCGGUGUUGAACCAGGCCAUCACGGGUCAGAUGGCGUUUGUAGAUGCUAACUACUGUGCUACGUGUGGGGAGAAGGGAGCAGACAAGAGAUGCUCCCUUUGUAAAGCAGUGACUUACUGUAGCUUAUCGUGCCAAAAGCUCCACUGGUUCGCCCAUAAAAAGAUGUGCAGGUGUCUACAGGAGCAGGAUGCUGACCUGGAGAAGGAUUCUCCAAAGCUCAAAGAACUGAAAGAUGAUGAGAGCGACCUGGUGAUGGAGACAGCCAACUUCCUGCAGGAGCUGUGUCUGCGGGCGGAGGAGCAGGUGGCUGCUGCUGGAGGCUGCCCUGCAGAGCUCCGUGACUUCCCCCCCCCCUCUGCUGAGGGACCUUCCUUCACCCAAGACUGAGGCAACAGCCCAACAGGGGCCCUGAAGGAGGCCUGUGAAUUUUCACAAAAGUUAUAAAUGGAGAGGCAUGGCUGAACAUAAACCAUCUUAGCAAUAACAUGAACGCUGCUCCUGUGGCAGCUGCAAUAAGUAGAGGUAUUUUCAAAAUGUAUAAUAAGAAAUAUAAUAAAUUCAUGCUAAAUCUGAUCAGGGAAUAUGAGAAGCAUAAAGUAUAAUGUUGCUAUUUCAAGCAUUUUCUGGGUGGAACAGUUCAGUACUGUAAGGAGUCCAUUUGGAUUCAUAUUAACCUGACCUCAACAAUUUUAUCAAAAAAUCUUUAAAAUGGUGACUUCUUUCUCCUGUUUUUCGUUCUGUAAUGUUAUGAUAUUAUCAUUUUCUUAGCAAGAAGCCUCAGAACAGAUUAAAUGUGCAUGUAGACCGAAAGGUCCGUCAUAUCAAUAAAGACAU